GCAGGGAUGAGGGGAGUGUGGUCGGACAGCCCCAGCAGCCCACGGACGCACCCGUCACGCACCCAACCCUGCGCUCCAAGUCCAGUCAGAGCGGCUCCUGCUUCCUGGAGGAGAAGCUGAGGAGAGCUGGAAGCUGCUGAGGAGUUUAAUCUUUGUUAUUUCAUCACCUGCAGAAGCUGAAUGAGGAGGAGGAGGAUCCCAGCAUCUUGUUUCUGGAGUUAAAGGAGUUUUUCUGCCGGAGCGGCAGGAGUGAAGCAGCCCUGGUGCGCACUUUCCUUCCCCGGGUGGAGUGACGCGCAACAGCCCCGAGGAGACGCUCCUGGUUCCUGCUCCUGUUUGUCUGUUUCUCCUCUGAGUUUGGAUUGUUACCCCGCAGAUCUCCGGGCGGCGCAGCGCGGAGUUUCUCCGCUCAUGGAUCCGCCGCUGUGCGCCUCCUCUCAGGCUGAGUGAGCGGCGCGCGGCGCGGCGCAGCGCAGCGGGGAUGUUCUGACUGGAAGAGAUUUAAACCCGCAGCUUUUUCCCCCGCAGGACUUUCACAUCUGGUAUACUGGACCAGUUAGCAGCAGGAUCAGGAUGAGAAGAUGGCUGGCUGUGUGUUUCCAAUGGGACCAGAGAGCUUUAAGCGCUUCACGCCGGACUCCCUGGCGGCCAUCGAACAGCGCAUCACCCAGGAGGAGGCCCGACGCAAAAAGCAAUACCAGGAGGACCUGGGCGACGUGGAGCUCCCCCGGCCCCGGCCCGACCUGGAGGCAGGAAAACAGCUGCCCCGCAUCUUCGCUGACAUCCCCUCUCACCUGGUGGGCGUUCCCCUGGAGGACAUCGACCCGUACUACUUCAAGGACAAGAGGACUUUCAUAGUCCUGAACAAAGGGAAGGCCAUCUUCCGCUUCAGCGCCACGUCCGCCCUCUACAUGUUCAGCCCGUUCCACCCCAUCCGUAAACUGGCCAUCAGGAUCCUGGUCCAUUCUUUGUUCAGCCUGUUCAUCAUGUGCACCAUCCUGACCAACUGCUGCUUCAUGGCCAUGUCGGAACCCGCAAACUGGGCCAAGUACCUGGAGUACACCUUCACAGGUAUCUACACCUUCGAGUCGCUCAUUAAGAUCCUGGCCAGAGGGUUCUGCGUGGGCCCCUUCACCUUCCUGAGGGACCCCUGGAACUGGCUGGACUUCAGCGUCAUCGUCAUGGCAUAUGUGACUGAGUUUGUGGACCUGGGUAAUGUCUCAGCCUUAAGGACGUUCAGGGUGCUGCGAGCGCUCAAAACCAUCUCUGUCAUCCCAGGCCUGAAGACCAUCGUCGGGGCUCUGAUCCAGUCGGUGAAGAAGCUGGCCGACGUGAUGAUCCUCACGGUCUUCUGCCUGAGCGUCUUCGCCCUCAUCGGCCUGCAGCUGUUCAUGGGGAACCUGCGUCAGAAAUGCGUCCGCAGCACAGAGCACUGCUUCAACGGCAGCCUGCCGGCCAACACCUCCUUCUUCUGCAAUAACAAGACCUGGGCCUCCUUAAAGGACUUCAUCGAGGACGAAGAUAACUUCUACAAAGUGGAAGGAGCCAAGGAUGCCUUGAUCUGCGGGAACAGCAGCGACGCAGGAAAGUGUCCAGAUGGGUUCGACUGUCUGAAGGCGGGAAGGAACCCAAACUACGGAUACACCAGCUUCGACACCUUCGGAUGGGCCUUCCUGUCGCUGUUCCGCCUGAUGACCCAGGACUACUGGGAGAACCUCUACCACCACACGCUGCGAUCAGCCGGGAAGACCUACAUGGUGUUCUUUGUGGUGGUCAUCUUCCUUGGUUCCUUCUACCUGAUCAAUCUCAUCCUGGCGGUGGUUGCCAUGGCGUACGAGGAGCAGAACCAGGCCACCAUCGCCGAGGCGUGUCAGAAGGAGCGCGAGUUCCAACAAGCCAUGGAGCGACUGAAGAAGGAGCAGCAGAUUGUUGCUCAGAAACCACCCGACUCUGACUCACUGACGUCGCCAGACCUCUCACCUCUUGGCCUGCCAUUGGACAGCUCUGCGGAGCGGAGGCGGAGCCAAGCGUUGAUGGGUGUGGCUGAUGGGGAGGGAAACCUGUCAGAGGAAAAGCUGCUGCAAGUGGACUUGAUGGACGGAGCAAAGGCUCUCCAUCCUCUCCUCGCUCGCUCCUUCUCCACGAGGACUCGACGAAGCAGUCAGGUCUCCUCCAUCUUUAACUUCCGGCUGAGGAGCCGGGGGUCGGAGGGGGAGAUGGCCGACGAUGAAUUCAGCAUUCCUGGUGACGUAGUGGAGGGCGUGGGGGGCAGGACGUACAGCGGAGGGACGUUCAGCGGAAUCCUGAGCAACCCGUGGUCCAAACGGAGACUGAGCGCCUACAGCACCAACAGCAGGAACUCCCAGGUGUUUUAUCCGACCCUGAACGUCAACGGGAAGCUGUUUGUCUCCAUGGAUCAGAACGGGGUUUCCCCGCCGCCGCUGCAGGGGCAGCUGCCCGCCUGCACCAUGGAGAAGGUCAAGGAGGAAAGUGUCCCCACGUCCACCACAGAGCUCAGCACCAUGCUGCUCCCCCGCCCUUCAUCCACGCAGGGCUCCGAGCGCAGGGGGAGGGCCAUGAGUGCCGCCAGCUACCUGACCGACGUCAUGGAGGAACUGGAGGAGUCCCAUAAGAAAUGCCACCCGUGCUGGUAUGUCUUCGCUCACCACUACCUGGUGUGGGAGUGCUCCCCCUUCUGGCUGAGGCUGAAACAGCUGGUGAAGAUCAUGGUGAUGGACCCCUUCCUGGACCUGGCCAUCACCGUCUGCAUCGUCCUCAACACGCUGUUCAUGGCCAUGGAGCAUUACCCCAUGACUGAGGAGUUCAACGGGAUGCUGAGCAUCGGAAACCUGGUCUUCUCAGGGAUCUUCACUGCAGAGAUGCUGCUGAAGAUCAUCGCUCUGGAUCCGUACUACUACUUCCAGACCGGCUGGAACAUCUUCGACAGCAUCAUCGUCUGCCUCAGCCUCAUGGAGCUGGGUCUGUCGGACGUGGAGGGUCUCAGCGUUCUGCGCUCCUUCAGGCUGCUACGCGUCUUCAAGCUCGCUCGCUCCUGGCCGACGCUCAACACCCUCAUCAAGAUCAUCGGGAACUCCAUGGGCGCCCUGGGCAACCUGACGCUGGUCCUCGCCAUCAUCGUCUUCAUCUUCGCUGUGGUGGGCAUGCAGCUGUUUGGGAAGAACUACCAGGAGUGCGUCUGUAAGAUCUCCAAGGACUGCGUCCUUCCUCGCUGGCACAUGAAGGACUUCUUUCACUCCUUCCUCAUCGUCUUCAGAGUGCUGUGCGGCGAGUGGAUCGAGACCAUGUGGGACUGCAUGGAGGUGGCCGGCCAGCCGCUCUGUAUCCUCGUCUUCAUGCUGGUCAUGGUUAUCGGGAACCUGGUGCUGCUGAACCUCUUCCUGGCUCUGCUCCUCAGCAGCUUCAGCUCCGACAACCUCUCCUCUCCAGAUGAAGACGGGGAGAUGAACAACCUGCAGAUCGCCAUCCGCAGGAUCACCCUGGGUCUGGGCUGGUGCCGCCGACAGGUGGUGGACUUCUUCAACGGGAACCUGAAACGGCGCCGUCAGAAACGGAAGGAGGCCAAGGCCAUGAUGAAGCUGAAACGGCUGAGCACCGUGCACACCGAGUUCAACGGAGCCGUCAUCGGGCGGCAUGUGGAGAAAUACGUGGUGCCGGAAGAUGACAGCUACAUGACCAACCCCAACCUGACCAUCAGCGUUCCCAUCGCCCCGGGAGAGUCUGACGUGGAGUUCCCCGAGGAGGAGGAGGAAGAGGAGGAGGAGGAGGAAGAGGAGGAGGGUCAGGAGGAGCAGAGCGAGGGCUCAGAGGGAGACGAGGAGCGGGAGGAGGAGCAGAAGGAGGAAAUCAGCCUAUCAGAGGGCAGCACGGUGGACCUGAGGAAGCCUGGGGAGGAAGAGGAUGAGUACUCAGAGACGGCUGAGGAGGCCAUGGAUCCAGAGAACUGCUUCCCAGACGUGUGCGUUUCCAGGUUCCGUUGCUGCGACAUCGACACCACGGCGGGUCACGGUCGGAUUUGGUGGAAAACCAGGAAGACCUGCUACCAGAUUGUUGAGCACAGCUGGUUCGAGUCCUUCAUCAUCUUCAUGAUCCUUCUCAGCUCGGGAGCUCUGGCCUUCGAGGACAUCUACAUCGAGCAGAGAAGGGUCGUCAAGGUGGUGCUGGAAUACUCUGACAAAAUCUUUACCUACAUCUUCAUCCUGGAGAUGGUGCUCAAAUGGCUCGCCUACGGUUUCAAGAAGUACUUCACCAACUACUGGUGCUGGUUGGACUUCCUCAUUGUCGAUAUCUCAGUGCUGGGCUACCUGGCCCACUUCAUCCCGGUGAACCAGGUUACCACCCUGCGGGUACUGAGGACGUUCAGAGCCCUCCGUCCUCUCCGAGCCGUGUCCCGCUUCGCUGGUAUCAGGGUGGUGGUGAACGCUCUGAUCGGCGCCAUCCCCUCCAUCAUGAACGUGCUGCUGGUCUGCCUCAUCUUCUGGCUCAUCUUCAGCAUCAUGGGCGUCAACCUGUUUGCCGGAAAGUUCGGCCGCUGCGUCAACCGCACCGGCUACAUCUACGAGGCCUCCCUCAUCAACAACAAGUCCGAGUGCGAGGCCUCCAACGACACCUCGCAGCACUACUGGACCAAAGUCAAGGUCAACUUUGACAACGUCGGCGCCGGAUACCUGGCUCUGCUGCAAGUGGCAACGUUUAAAGGCUGGAUGGAUAUCAUGUACGCUGCUGUGGACUCCAGAGCCGUGGAGGAGCAGCCCAUCAAGGAGAUCAACCUCUACAUGUACUUGUACUUCGUCAUCUUCAUCAUCUUUGGCUCCUUCUUCACCCUCAACCUCUUCAUCGGAGUCAUCAUCGACAACUUCAACCAGCAGAAACGAAAGUUAGGAGGACAGGACAUCUUCAUGACGGAGGAACAAAAGAAGUACUAUAACGCCAUGAAGAAGCUGGGCUCCAAGAAGCCCCAGAAACCCAUCCCCAGACCCCUGAACGACCUGCAGGGCUUCUUCUUCGACCUGGUGGGAAAACAGGCCUUCGACAUCAUCAUCAUGGUGCUGAUCCUCCUCAACAUGAUCACCAUGAUGGUGGAGACCGAUGAGCAGUCGCCUCAGAUGGAGAAGAUCCUCUACUACGUCAACCUGGCCUUCAUCGUCAUCUUCACCACCGAGUGCAGCAUCAAGAUCAUGGCGCUGCGCUGCUACUUCUUCACCAUCGGCUGGAACAUCUUUGACUUCGUGGUCGUCAUCCUGUCCAUCGUCGGGAUCGUCUUGGCUGACAUCAUCGAAAAGUACUUUGUGUCGCCCACCUUGUUCCGAGUUAUCCGGCUGGCCCGCAUUGGACGAAUCCUGCGCCUCAUCAGAGGAGCGAAGGGCAUUCGGACGUUGCUGUUUGCCCUCAUGAUGUCACUUCCUGCCCUCUUCAACAUCGGGCUGCUCCUCUUCCUCGUCAUGUUCAUCUACGCCAUCUUCGGCAUGGCUAACUUUGCCUACGUAAAGCGGCAGGGCGGGAUUGACGACAUGUUUAACUUUGAGACGUUCGGGAACAGCAUGCUCUGUUUGUUCCAGAUCACCACCUCCGCAGGUUGGGACAGCCUGCUCAGCCCCAUCCUCAACAACUCCCCCGAGGAGUGUGACCCCCACCUCCCCCACACCGGCACCACCGUCAAGGGGAACUGCGGCAACCCGUCGGUGGGCAUCACCUUCUUCGUCACCUACAUCAUCAUCUCCUUUCUCAUUGUGGUCAACAUGUACAUCGCCAUCAUUCUGGAGAACUUCAGCGUGGCCACAGAGGAAAGCACCGAGCCGCUGAGCGAGGAUGACUUCGAGAUGUUCUACGAGGUUUGGGAGAAGUUCGACCCAGAAGCCACGCAGUUCAUAGAGUACUCCAAGCUGUCAGAGUUUGCGGACUCUCUUCUGGAGCCUCUUCGUAUCUCCAAGCCAAACAAGAUCAAGCUGAUCUCCAUGGACCUGCCCAUGGUCAGCGGCGACAAGAUCCACUGCCUUGACAUCCUCUUUGCCUUCACCAAGCGGGUCCUCGGCGAGUCGGGAGAGAUGGACGCCCUCAAGCAGCAGAUGGAAGAGAAGUUCAUGAUUUCUAACCCGUCCAAGAUUUCCUACGAGCCAAUCACAACAACGCUGAGGCGCAAGCAGGAGGAAGUGUCCGCUACCAUCAUCCAGAGGUGUUAUCGCCGCCACCUGGUGAGGCGCCAGAUGAAGGCUGCCUCUUACCUGUACCGUCAGAUCACCACACCCCGACACGACCCCAGCGAAGGCGAGGAAGGAGGCGAGGCCGCGUUAAUGGAGGAAGCACCUGAGAAAGAAGGGCUGAUCGCCACCAUGAUGAAAGAAAACUACGGCUCCAGCAUGUUAGCGACGGAGCGCUUCGAGACCGUUUCCUCCAACUCAUCGCCGCCGUCCUACGACAGCGUGACGCGAGCCGUGUCCGAACACCUCCAUCCGCUCGCCGCCAACGCAGAAACGGCCGACGAAAUGGCACACAGCGAAGUCAGAGAAAAAUCGCUGGCCGAACCCAACGGAGAGAUGGAAACGGAACCUUAGCAGGAAGUUUCGACAAGUUCUGUUGUUCACUGAAUGUACCGUAGCUGAGGAACGUUCUCCCCGCAAAUCUAGAGGAACGUAGGAGCUGAAGGAGGAGGCGCAAAGGAUUAUUCACUACCUUUAAUCUUGGUCCACAGUCCCCGCUGGAGAUUCUCGUUCAAAUCAAACAUUUUGAGGGUUUUCUUAAAGGAAACAACUCCAAGCUGUGGUUCUGCUGUGUUGGACUGAGACCAGAGUUGUGGUCCAGUCAGAGCGAUGGUGUAUUGGCCUGGUGAGGGGCGGCUCUACCCUCCGGCAGUUCUACGCUGUUAGUCGGAGGAAUGACAGGUUUCCUGUCUUCGUUUCCUGACAAGUUAACGGUUUUCUGGCUGAGAACUGAGGAAGAGCAAUGCUAUUUAAACAAAAAGACAUUUUUUCGUAGUAAAAGUAUAAUAUUGUUGAUGUUACAAGUCUUUUAAUAUCGGUACAAUUAUUACUAUUUUUUUAUAUUUUUUUAGAGUAAGUUAAGAACUAAGCCUUUGAAGUGGCGCUCGCUGUAUGAAGUCACCGAAGUACCGUCUAGUUGAGGAGAAAGUUACGUCACCUCAAAAACCUAAAUCUCCAUCUUGUUUUCUUUCUUUUGGGCGUUUUUUGCACUUUUGAGUUUACAUUUUUGCCGUCACUUUACUGCGCCUUUGAUAAAGGGAGGAGUUUGU